AUGGCCAGGUUAUCCGUAGUACGCCGAAUCAGCCACGCUGCCAUGCUAGAGCUCGUUCUGGGCAAUGCGUCGAACUAUACGGUGGAAAAUUACACGUCAACGAUGGCGGACAUGUUUGCGCUUAGAAGCUCUACGUCCUUCAACGUGAUGCGAAACGCUUCGUUGGUCUUCGGUGCCGUGCAGCAGCAGAACGUCUCGACGGCGGCCACUACUCUUAGCGCAACUACCAACGAAACACUGGCGACGUCACUCCUGUAUCCCAUUAACCUAGCCAACCUGGUAAACGAUCUGGUCGCCAGCUCGGGAAGCACGGUCCUGGCACUGGAAGAGUGUGACCGGCUCAACAUAAGCUACUCGCUGAACGGUAGCUCGAUGACGGUGCCCGGUAUCAGCUGUUACGACCACGCCCCAACUCUGUCCAGAUCGGGCGUCAUCCGCGUGAUCGUACUCUCGGCGAUGGCCAUCGUGUCACUGCUGGGAAACAUCGCCACCAUGUGGAACAUUCAGAAGAACCGGAAAUCGAGGAGGGUCACACGCCACAACUGGAGCGCCAUCUAUUCGCUCAUCUUUCACCUCUCGAUCGCGGACGUCCUGGUGACGUGGUUCUGCAUCAUCGGUGAAGCCGCCUGGUACUACACCGUCGACUGGGUCGCCGGCAACCUGUUCUGCAAACUGUUCAAAGUCUGCCAAAUGUUCAGCCUGUACCUCAGCACCUACGUGCUGGUCUUGGUCGGCGUGGAUCGCUGGGUAGCGGUCAAAUAUCCGAUGAAGUCACUCAACACCGCACGGCGCUGCCACAGGUUUCUGUUCGUGGCGUAUCUACUGUCGUUUCUGCUCAGUACGCCACAGUGGAUGAUAUUUCGCCUAGCGAAGGGACCGUUCGUAGAGGACUUCUAUCAGUGCGUGACGCACGGGUUCUACACCUACCGGUGGCAGGAGCAGCUUUACACCACCUUUACGCUGGUUUUUAUGUUCAUCAUUCCGCUGCUGAUAUUAAUCGGCACCUAUUUGUCAACAUUUAUGACGAUCUCAAGCAGCGAAAAAAUCUUCCGCAUCGACACGUCGGCCGUGGACCGGACGACGUAUUACCGGCGGUCGGACACGAAUCGCCAACGAUUGAUACACAAGGCCAAGAUGAAAUCACUCCGGAUAUCGGUCGUUAUCGUGGUGGCAUUCAUCGUGUGCUGGACACCGUACUACAUCAUGAUGCUGAUAUUCAUGUUUCUCAACCCCACCGAGCGUUUCGGCGAGGAUCUACAAUCGGGUAUUUUCUUCUUCGGUAUGUCGAACAGUCUCAUAAACCCCCUGAUCUACGGGGCGUUCCACCUGGUGCCGAUCCGGCAGCGGCGAAAUCAGUACAACCAACAUGUAAGGGAAGGCUCACUGUACUUUCAGCGGUCGUCCACCUUCAACCAUCACAAUGGCCACCAGCGGAACAUGCAUCCGCACACCAAAUUCUCAAACUCGCACUCGAACCUGCCCGAGGAAAUCUCGUUGAUGUCACUGGAAAAGGAUCUACGCAGCUUGGAUGAGAACGUCAACCAGAUCCACCAGACGGGAAACGGGACGAUCAAACGACGCAGCUUCGCGAGCAAAUUUCUCACCUUCUCGCGGCUCUUCCACCGGAGUCAGCCGACGAAGCUUUAA